ACAGCUCACACCACCACAUGAAACCGCGGACUCGCGCCAGUGUAUAUUAUGACUAAUAGCUCAUUGCCUUUUUGGAAAACGUCUGAUCAUGUAAUCCUCGACCUGUGUCUCGUCGAGGCGGCUGGUUCAGCAAAGAUGGCCAUCGAUGGUCUCAUAAUUCUGGACGCGAACGGGCGACCGAUCAUCCAGUCAGGGUACACCUCCUUUCCCCCCGCAUACCCACUCCUUCACAUCGAUGCACUCAACAACGAGCUCGCAAAAGCGCCUUCGUCUGGUAUUAUAGAUCCAAUAAUAUAUGUUGCGUCCGGUGGGGGUGGCGACAUGCCGGACGGCAGCGCUUGUUGUCAUAUCCAGGUCCGUGAAAUGAGAAUGUUGGCUAGCAUUUCGGGAGACCUGGAUCCUUUGGUCGCCUUCGCAUUUCUCCAAGCGUUCCACGACAUACUUCAGGACUAUUUUGGAACAGUCAGCACUGUCACGCUCAAAGGUAACUUUGACACUGUGUACCAGCUAAUAGAGGAAAUUCUUGAUUCUUCCGGGCACCCUCUCACGACUUCGCCGAGUAUUCUGCGUGACAUAGUUAUCCCGCCCUCCCUUCUUUCUACACUCCUUGCAUCCCUCCCAGCUUCUGCACCAUCGGUUGGCCGUUCAGGAGGUCCAACAUCAUUGAAUAACACCGGUGGAGCGUUCGCAUCACCGAUACCAUGGCGCAAAGUGGGAGUACGACACAAUUCCAACGAGAUUCUUUUUGAUGUCACCGAAGAAAUGCGUGCCAUAGUCGGGAGGAACGGCGCCGCCCUUGCGAGCAAUGUGAUCGGAACGAUUGAGUGCAAUUCACGGCUGUCAGGAAUGCCAGACUUGCUCGCGAGCUUUUCAAAUCCUAACGUGAUGGCAGAGUGUACUUUUCAUCCUUGUGUACGCUUGCAACGUUGGAAACGCGAACAGACACUGUCUUUUAUUCCACCGGAUGGCAAAUUCGUACUAGGGGAAUACCAAUACGCGCCACCGCAAAAAGUAGUGGUGAACAAUCUCCCCAUCCCUAUCGCUCUCAAACCAAACAUUAUUAUCGGUGAACUUGGUGGGAGCUUCACGGUCACAUUUACGUCGCGAAUGAUGAAGGCCAUGGAGAAUGUGAAGAUAGAAUGGUAUCUAGGCGAGGAUGCGACUGGUGCGCAAUGCACGUUGUCAGGGGCCGGUUCAGGUGUCGGAUCGACUGGAGGAGCAGAGGGUUCGUGGACGUUCGAUUCCCGAAAAAAGAUCCUGCGGUGGGAGAUACCAAGUAUGCAUUCAUCAGGCAGUCGAAUACUACGCGGCUCGUGGACAUCCAAAGCGCAAGUUCCAAGGCCAGCACACGCGUUUCAAAUACGUUUCGAGCUUCCGUCUUACAGUUUCUCUUCCCUCAAAAUCGACCAUGUCCGACUGUCUUCGGAAACGUAUAAGAUGUACAAGGGUGUCCGGAUGCAAAGUUGUGGAUCCGUCGAGUGGAGGUGGUAGCCCUUGGUCCAAUGUAAUCGAAUAUUUGGCAAUUACAUCGGGUCAUCAUGUGCGGCUUCAGGCCCUGAACGUAUGAAGGAGAAGGGAGUGUAGUGGGGGUGCGGUAUAUUUAUGUGUUCCUUGUAGCAGAGA